GCGCAGUGAGAGCUCCGGCUGGGAACAUGUUUGUGGCGAUGGCCGCGGUUCUCCUCCUCCUGUGGGUCUCACCGGCGGAGCAGAAACACAAUGACUUUUACUCUUUUAAAGUAAUAAACAUUAGAGGCAAAUUGGUUUCCCUCGAGAAGUACAGAGGAUCGGUCUCACUGGUUGUCAACGUUGCCAGUGAGUGUGGCCUCACAGAGAAUAACUACAAAGAACUGCAACAGCUGCAGCGAGACCUGGGCCCAAACCAUUUCAAUGUGCUGGGAUUCCCCUGCAACCAGUUUGGGAGUCAAGAGCCGGGAAGUGACCAGGAGAUUGAGAGCUUUGUGCGCAAGACCUACAAAGUUUCCUUCCCAAUGUUCAGUAAGAUCGCUGUCAAAGGUAUUGGCACCAACGCUGCGUUCAAAUAUUUAAUAGAUGCCUUUGGGAAGGAACCGGACUGGAAUUUCUGGAAGUAUCUGGUGGACGUGAAUGGAAAGGUAGUGAGUGCCUGGGGUCCAACUGUCUCCAUAGAAAAGAUCAAGCCCCACAUCACACCUCUCGUGAGGCAACUCAUUAUCAGCCGAAAGGAUGAGCUGUAAUUUCCCACUGACUACACAUUCUCCAGCAUUCAGCCACUGUCUCACUAUUCAGCGUUGGAUUAAUUCACUUAAAUCCCAGUGGUAUUUGAUUGGAGAAUAGUUCCCUCCCCCUCGCCAGUAAGCAAGAUGUUCUAUGCAUCAUUCAUAAAUGGUUAAACAUUUUGUUUAUUUAUAACUUCUUUCCAUCAGUUAUUAUUACUUUGUAUUUUUCAACUUAGUUUUUAAAAAAAUUGCUUUAGUUCAUUACUCCUGACAUUUAGUGUUAAAGGUCAUGAGAGGAUUCGAUGUGCGGCUGGAUUGUUGAUGAGCUGUUUGCACUUGUUGGUGAAUACACAAGCAGGGACAUUACUAUAGGAUAGGCAGUGGCUCAGCUAGAAGGGGGUUUAGGAAAAGCAUCUUCGGGCAGAGGGUGGCGAGAACAUGGAACUCACUGCCAGAACCUGCGGUUGAAGCAAAAAAAAUCAAUGUUUGUAUUUAAGAGGAAACAUGUUGCUUUCAGGAGGUAGAAAGGAAUAGAGGUGUAGAGGAGAGGGGAAUAGGAGGAAUGAAAACUUGUGUGGAAAGAUAGUAUUGCAAGAUCAUGGUUUCUUCCAAAAACUGGAACAUCAAACAGAGUCCACCUUUAUGUGGGAUUGAUGCUGCAACGUGAGGUUGCUACAAGGUCGUCUGAGAUUAAAUGUGUCUCUACAAACAAUAUCUGUAUUCUUUUUUUUACAUUCCACGCUUUAAUGUUGAACACACGACUGCUCCAGUGAUUCCGAAGGUAAAAUCAACCCACAAAUCAUUUCUUUCUCACAACAAAAGGUUGUGAAAACUCAGAAUGGACAGCUCCCAGUCAGCUUAUAGUUACAGAAUCAACCGAGGGGUUUUAAUAGGGAGAUGGACACUUCAGAAAUAAUAAGAGCAUUUGGGCGUGGAGGAGAGAUGCUGAAGUGAAAUUGGAUUGAAAAAAGGUUGUGAUGAAUGUCUAUAGCGGUGGAGCAGACACAGUCACAGUCCUAUGUACAGUCACAGUCCACACGUGUUUCCUUCUCAGGCCUUCCCAUGUUAGUGAUAUGAAUCAGCCACCAGGAAGAGUGGGUGAAGAGGUGUCUGUUCCUCUGAUUAUUCUCCCCUCUCCUUUGUGAGAGAACACUUGCACAGGUUUAGGGGGUCUAGAACUUGAGGUUAUAGUUUUAAGAUCAUAGCAAUGAGGUCCAGGAAGGUGUUUGGGAGGAAACUUCUCACACAGAGAGCUGCAGGAGUGUGGAAUUCUCUGCCACAAUCAGUUGUUGGGGUGGCAGCCAUACAACAACACCUUGCAUUUAUACAGCGGCCUGCACGCCGGGUAGCUUCCCGGAGCUCUGAGAGCCAUUUGCACAUUCAAAACAAGUCUGGAUAUGUGGUUGAGGUAGAAUAAAGUUGAGGAUAUGGGGAAAGGGCUGGAAUAUGGGACUAGGGAUAGGAUCAGGGUGGGCUCUCAUGUAGAGUAUAAACACCGACCCACUGUUUCUGAGCUGUACUAUCUAUGAUGCUCUGCACUAAAACAAGGAGCUCAAUAGCUUGGGCAGAUUGAACCAAGUUUUGGUGCUUCAAAUGACUGUAUGUGCCAUUGUUUGGGACACAUUUCAUUUUGCGUCAAAGCAACAGACGUUUGUUGUUGAAGUAAGAUUCCAAAUCUGACAGAUCAACUAUUUUGUCUCACCAUUUUUAGGAGAGGGGAAAGUAAUGGGCUCCUGUUCACUGUGUGGUGCUAUGUGCUCUGUAUUCUGAAAUUCUAGUGCUGUACAAAAUAAAAUGUACCUGAAAGCAA